CCGCACUUUUACUUUCCCUCUCCCCCCCCUUUCACACUUUAUUCCCAGCCAUCCUCUUCCUCCUUCCUCCUCUCUCUCUCUCUCUCUCUCUCCAGUGUCGAAGACGAAAUAUGCCCUGCGCCCUUCCCCGAUCUACCUCACCUCGCCGAUUUUGACCGCUUUCACCAUCUUUCUAUCGCACAAUGGCCGUCGCCGUCGCCAACGGCCACGCCACCCCCUCCGCUGAUGCGGCCAAACAACGCCGCCAAAUCCACCACCACGCAGAUGUCGUGAUCGUAGGUGCUGGCAUCCUGGGCUGCGCUCUAGCCGUGACACUGGGGAGACAAGGCCGGAGUGUGCUACUCUUGGAGAGCUCGCUGAAGGAGCCCGAUCGCAUUGUGGGAGAGCUGCUACAACCGGGUGGUGUCCAGGCCCUUGAGCAGCUCGGACUCGCCGACUGUCUGGAGGACAUCGACGCAAUUCCCGUGGAGGGAUACUAUAUCACAUAUUUUGGCCAGCCCGUGGAGAUCCCAUACCCCAAGCCAUCCCCGACACAACCGCCCCCACAAGGCCGCUGCUUCCACCACGGCCGGUUCGUGAUGAAGCUCCGCGCGGCGGCGAUGGCGUGUCCCAACGUCACGGUGGUCGAGACCAAGGCUACGGACCUGAUUACAUGCUCGCACACCAAGCAGGUUCUUGGGGUCGAGUGCGUGACCAAGGACAUGAAGGACUGCUACUUCGGCCACCUCACCGUCGUGGCGGACGGCUAUGCCUCCAAGUUCCGCAAGCAACACCACACCCGCACCCCCGAGGUGCGGUCACGGUUCUGGGGGCUGGAGAUGAUCGACCCCGUCAUGCCCAAGCCGUACUACGGCCAUGUGCUCCUCAGCGACAACGCUCCAAUCCUCAUCUACCAGAUCGGCACCCAUGAGACCCGCAUCCUGAUCGACAUCCCCGAGAACCUCCCGUCGGCCUCGGUCAAGAACGGCGGCGUCAAGGCCCACAUGCGCAACGUUGUCCUGCCCUCGCUGCCGGAGUCCGUCCAGCCCGCGUUCAUCGCUGCGCUCGAGAAGGGCCAGCUGCGGUCCAUGCCCAACUCGUACCUUCCGAGUGCGCGCAAUCAGACCGCCGGUCUGGUCAUCCUGGGCGAUGCCCUCAACAUGCGCCAUCCCUUGACCGGAGGUGGUAUGACCGUCGCGUUCAACGAUGUCGUGGUGCUCCGCGGGCUGCUGAGUCCCGAGAAGGUGCCCAGCUUCAGCGACACCGACAAGGUCCUACGCCAGCUGUCGUCGUUCCACUGGCAACGCAAGAACGGCUCCUCCGUCAUCAACAUCCUCGCGAUGGCGCUCUACAGUCUUUUUGCUGCUAACGACGAGAACCUCCGCGCCCUCCAACGCGGCUGCUUCCGCUACUUCCAGCUCGGCAUGACCUCGGGCCCUGUGAGCCUGCUCGCCGGCCUGACCAAGAAACCCGCCGUGCUGUUCGGGCAUUUCUUCUCGGUGGCGUUCCUGUCUCUGUGGCUGCUGCUCGUCGAGUCCCCGCUGUACAAACUCCCGCUAGUGCUCUGGCAAUGUGUCAUGGUGUUCUGGACGGCGUGCGUGGUGAUUUUCCCCUACAUGCUUACUGAAGCCUUCUGUUAAUAUCUCUGUGAUUUGUUUACGACUUGUAUAAUAAUUCUGCUUUUGUGGGCUUCGAUACCUUCUCUCUCUUACAUAUGGUUUGCGAUUGGUGGACGGGUGGUAUAUACGAUACUUUAAUCUUUCUUGCUUGUUUGGUCAGUCCUUGCAUGAUGGGAACAGACAGCAUGUGCAUAAUAGAUGUGGUCACGCUUUACUUGUCUUGUUUGUUUGGGGUAUAUAGCACCGACAUUACGUAUACAUAGGUGAUAUAAAUGAUGUAGAUCGAACGGG